UCCCAGUCCAUCCCAGUGCCCUCUGUCCCCCAGGGCACCUUCGCCUCCCGUGUGCAGCUGGAGGGCGGCUCGGUGCGGGUGGAGCGGGAGGUGGACGCGGGGCUGGAGACGCUGCGGUUGCGCCUCCCGGCCGUGCUCACGGCGGAUCUGCGCCUCAACGAGCCCCGUUACGCCACCCUGCCCAACAUCAUGAAAGCCAAGAAGAAGCCCCUGGAGGUGAUCCCGGCGGCAGAUUUGGGGGUCCCCGCGGGGCCCCCCCGGCUGCGGGUGCUGCAGGUGCAGGAGCCCCCGGCCCGGGCGGGGGGGGAGAAGGUGGAAAAUGUCCCGGCCCUGGUGGAGAAGCUGCGGAGCUGCGGCCGCAUCUGAGGGGGAAACCAGGACGGACCAGGACGGACCAGUGCCCUCCAGGAACCCCCCCAGUCACCCCCAGUGCCUUCCAGUCUGGGCCAGUGCCCCCCUGUCCCCGCCCAAUGCCCCCCAGGACCCCCUCCCUCUCAGCCCAGGCCCCCCAGUGCCUUCUACUUCCCCCAAAUAAAGGCGUGGCUGCUCGA